UACCCCAGGAUACUUUCUCUGUAUACUUUAAACAUGUGCUCUUAUAGGCGUGGUAGUAUAAAACAUGGCAGAACAGACCAAGUUAGAGGAGAUAGAGUCAUUGCAGGCAAUAUAUGGCAGCGAUUUUCAGUUGACUAGUGAUGAUUCUUUUACCAUAAAUGUCAAGUCUGUUAACUCUACCAGUGAUAGCAAUCAAGACAUUCUGGAAAUGCAAAUAAUGCUGCCAGUUGAUUAUCCUUUACAUUCUCCUCCAACCUUCUGUAUCAAAUGUGCUUUAUUGAGUGACACAGAGCAAAGAGAGUUAGCAGAACUGCUGAACAAUUCAUUCAAUAUUGGUGAAGUUGUAAUAUACCAGUGGGUUGAACUAGCUAGAGAGUAUCUUGACAAUAAAAUAGUAGAGCAAGAAAAGCAAAAAUGUACUACUACUGUAUUAAAGGACAGCAAUAGAACUCAGUUUGAACUUGAUCCUUCUCCUUUAGAAGUUGUAGCAUCAAAAGAAAAGACUAAGGAGCUCCCUCUCUCAUCCUCUCCUGAGCUUUCUCUUUCAAAUGCUCCUGCUUUGUUUCAUGGUGAACCAUUAACUGAUCGAAAGAGUACCUUUCAAGCUCAUCUUGCUGAAGUACACUCACUGGAUGAAGUCAGAUUAGCUGUUAGUAAACUUAAAGAAAAUAGAAAAAUUGAAGUAGCAACACAUAACAUACUUGCAUACAGGUUUCUAAGAGAUGGCGUUCAAAUACAAGAUUGCGAUGAUGAUGGAGAGAAUGCAGCUGGGAGUAGAUUAUUACACUUACUACAAAUAACAGAUUCACAGAAUGUUCUAGUUGUAGUUUCAAGAUGGUAUGGUGGUAUACAAUUGGGUCCUGACAGAUUCAAGCACAUUAAUAAUGUCGCAAGAACGUUAUUGCAAACGUCUGGGCUGAUAGUAACGCAGCAGCAAGAAGACAGCAAACAAAGAAAGACUAAAAAUAAAGAUAAAAGGAAA